AUGUCGGAUAGGGUUGUUCCGGACAUAAAGACCACUACUUUCGGCGAAUAUCCGAAAGAAAACUGCGAUAUAGGGGCAGACGACAUUGACUGGUGUACUGGGUUUUGGAAUGAAAUGGCCGGAGAAAUUACCCCAAGGUAUGUUUUUGACAAGAUAACUUUUCAUAAAUGUUCUUUAUUCUUACCUGCCUAUGUUUUGUAUCAUUUUAUUCAGUCUGUAUCCAGACAGCCCUAUUUUUUCAUCAAAAGAGUAUGACUGGGACGACCCCGUAUUUCUUGAAAAUGUGUUUGUUACGCCGGACAUUGAAGAGACAUUUGCAGGCACACAUAUGAAUGGUCAUCCUGCAUUUAUGGAGAAUCAGAAAAAUGAAGGUUAGAAUUCAUCGAGUUUAGUCCGCAAAAUAAUGACUGAUAAAGGCAUGCAUGAAAGAGACGCACUAUAUCCACGAAUUAUGAGAGGUGUGAUUGCAGAGAUAGCUCACCCAGUUGAAAAAUUUCAUGUUGUCUUACCGAUUUAUAUUUCUUUUGUUGUUUUACUGCUUACAUUGUAGACGUCUAUUCAGUGUAUUCCUUUUCAAACGGCUGUGAACCUAAUAAUAUUUUACAAGUACGAACUAGUACAUCAAAUACAUCUAAACAAAAAUGCAAACGACCAAGAAAACCAAAGGUAUGUCUUUCAUUGGUUUCUCACUUUCUCUGUACAUAUCAGAAUCACGCAAAUUAUCAGAUGCCGCGCGCUUCGAAUGGCGCACAUGAAGUGGAAUGUGCGCUACGUUGCGCUAAUUAAUAAUCAAGUUUUUACAUUUUCAGACUGAAAACGCGCACGACACUCCGUCAAAACGGCAACGAACGAAUAGUACAAAGAAGACAAAACCAAACAGCAAGAAAUGA